AUGGACGAUUCAAUAGUUGUUGGUCAUCCUCCUGAUGAUAUAAUAUUUCAGAUUUUAAGCCGAACUUCACUGAAAACCCUGGGUCGUUGCAGAUUGUUGAAUAAAGAAUGGUACGAAACCACUUACGACUCAAACUUCACUCAGCACUUUUUCAAAAGAAUAGAUAAAGUCAUCUCCGGCUUCUUCAUUCAAGACUUGAAGCACCCUCAAGGCUAUUUCUCAAGCUUUCUUCCCAUUGAAGAAGAAGCAGCAAAACAGGACGAUGUUGAUGAAAAUACCAAACUGUCCCUCUCGUUCUUACCUCCUGCAGGAGCUGGUUCUGUGAAGAUUCUAGCCGCUGCCAGAACACAGGGAAUAAUUCUUCUGUGCGACUACAACUACAUGAGGUAUUAUGUUUGCAAGCCCGCUACUAAACAAUGGAGAACCAUACCCAGUCCAAACACUCGCCGUUUCUCCACCAAAGCUAUUGCUAUCGUGGUGUUGGGGUCCCAUCGCGAUGGUUUGCGAUUCAAGAUUGUUCGGUUCUCUUCCGACGUAAACCGUACUUACGUGGUCAGGUGCGAGAUUUUCGAUUCGGAAAAUUGGGCAUGGAAGAGGCUCAAUUGUAUAAGGCUGCCUGAUGAUGCCUUUUUGCUUUCAAAACCACCUGCCGUGUCAGUUCGCGGUAAACUCUAUUGGCUAAUCUCAAAGAAACAAAUAUUUGUCUUCGAUUUGGAGACGGAGAGUUGGGGAAUCUUUGCAGCGCCGAAGGCCGCUUAUGAGAAUGAGUAUUGUUACGACGAGACUCAGCUUGUGGAAUACCAAGGGCGGUUAGGAUUGAUUUUCAUGGGAAAUAAAGAGUGCAUACAAUUGUGGGUGUUGGAGGAUUAUAAUCAGAAUCGUCAUCAUCAUCAUCAUCAUCAUCAUCAUAAUCAUCAUCAUGUUGUAUGGAGGAAAAGAAGCGAAAUUAACAUUGAAGAGGUUAACCAAGUGGAACCUGUCUCUUCUCCUGUUGGUUUCUGCAAUGCUGAUGUUUUAGUCAUGAAAGGAUUCUUCAGAAUGAUAUUUUACAAGUUCCAAAACAAUAACAAUCAUCCCAUCAUUUCCAAAGUGGUUCGCUUGGACUAUCCCUUUACGGAUGCUAGACAAGUUUUCUUUUUCCAAUCAGAUUUUGAACCUGUUAAAUUCAGGAACUAA